AUGUCAGCCGUGUGCUCGCUCGUCGCGUCCUUCGUGGUGCCGGGCGUGGGGGGUCUCAUCGUGGAGGUGCUGGGCAACAUCAUCGAGCUGUGCCAGCAGCUCGAGGAGAACGAGGACAUGUGCUCGGCCGUGCACAAGCGGCUCGUGUUCGUGAGCGAGGAGCUGGCCAAGAUCUCGGACGAGGAGGCCAUGCGCCAGAACCGCGUGCUGUUCAUGUACGGCCAGACGAUCGCCAGGUUCCUCAAGUUCCUCGAGAAGCAGGCCAAGAAGAGCUUCAUCAAGCGCCUGGCCAGCAACCGCAAGGUCGUGGACGCCAUCCAGCAGUUCAACGAGGACAUCGACGACCUGUACAAGCUGCUGAACCUCGUGCACAUGCAGGAGAUGGCCAAGUGGCGCCGCGAGUGGGACGAGGAGCGCCGCAAGCAGGAGCAGAUGCUGCUGAGCAUCGCCGCCAACCAGCAGCGGCUCAGCGCCGACCUGCAGAGCAAAGACAGCAACCUCGUCGAGAGCCUGGCCAUGCUCAAGUUCGAGAUGACGCACAAGAAGGAGCAGAACUCGAUGGCUACAUUAGGCAUGAUGAAGCGCACCUUCAACAAGAUCACGCGCACGUCGGGCGCCAAGGUGCCGCCGGUUCCCGAGUGGUUCAUUAGUAGUGACGACGUGGACUUUGACACAAAGGAGCAGUUCGACUGCGGCUCCUACGGGUCGGUGACCAGGGGGACGUGGGGGAAGGGGGCCAAGGUCGUCAUCAAGUCGCUGCUUAUGGACGACGACCAGGCCAAGACGUCCUUCUUCAAGGAGGUGGAGGUCUGGCGACGGCUGGCCAACCCCCACGUGGUCGAACUCUUCGGCGCGUGCCACGUGAGCACCCCCGCGUUCUUCGUGUGCGAGGACGCCAUCCACGGGAACUUUGCCGAUCACUUCAUGGAGGACAAGAGCGAGAUCUGGAGGCUGUUCUACGAGGCCGCCGUGGGGCUGGACUACAUCCACUCGCAGAAGGUGGUGCACGGCGACCUCAAGUGCAACAACAUCCUCAUUGGCGCGGAUGACAAGGCCAAGAUCUGCGACUUUGGCUUCUCGUACAUCCGCAGCCAGUCCGUGGGGCUCAGCAAGAAGGCGCAGACGGACACGGUGCGCUGGAAGGCGCCCGAGUGUCUGAUGCCCAUGGGGGACCCGGACGCGGCCGAUGCGGCGCACAACCCGCGCUUCGCCUCGGACAUUUACUCCUUUGGCAUGUGCAUCAUUGAAGCGUUCGGGGACGAGCCGCCCUACGCCCUGGACGAUGACGAUACGAUCCUGGAGAAGCUGUUCUCUGGAGAGGGGUACCCCCGCCCCGAUGGGCUGGAGGACGACGAGUGGGCGCUCGUCAAGAGGCUGACGGACCCGGACUGGGAGCAGCGCAUUGCGCUCUCGGCUGCUAUCACGGAGCUAAAGCUGUUCGCGGAGAGGGAAGAGCUGCGCAACAACGUGGACAAGACGGACCGAGUGUGUCCCGGUUGCAGUGCCAUGGUGGGGGAGGAGUUCGACUUCUGUGGAGCGUGCGGGCACCGAGUUGCCGCAUUUGCUUAAAAAACCGGUUCGGUUGUAGCAACAAUUGUGAACAAAACUUUUAAGAUUCUUAAAAGAAUGUGCAUGUAUGCGAAC